AUGACGGGCAGCCGCGGGUGCGAGGCGCUCUGGGUCCAGAGCGGAAAAAAACGUAACGCCAGGGAGACUGGACUGCGGGAGUGCGAUGCCGCCCUCGACCCGUCCGCCACGCAGGCAGAGGAGCUGGCCAGGCCCAUCUACGGCUACUCGGAGACGGAUAGGAUUCGUGCAGAAGCCUGGCCUUGCAGGAUCAAGGAUGUGCCGCCCACGGCGUUCAUCCUGCUCGCCAUGGCUUGCGUAGCGCGGUUGUCCUGCAGGAGCGACGUCGCCGCGGUGCCGGCACCGGUCAUCGGUUUCAGCGGCGUCCUGCGCACCACCGAGCUUGUGUCGUUGCGCCGCGUGCCGGCGCAGGUGCCCCUCGAUCGCCCGAGCGUGGUGAUAGUGCUGCGCGUUGCCAAGAACGGGCUGCUCCGCUAUGCGGAGCAAGCGGUUAUGAUCCCAGACGUCGGGGCGGCGCGCUUUGUGGAACACUUGCUCCGGAAAUCCCGGCCAGGGGUGGCCCGCAAGGAGCAGGAGCUGCUCGACGAGGCUGCCAGCCUGUACGCAAAGUCCAAGGACCAGGACCGCCGGCUGGAGGAGCUCACCGCUCGGAAGUCCCGCCUGGAGCGGCAGCGCGCGCCUGUGGCGCGCGGCCAGUCCACGGCCUCCUCGCUGGCGCCGCACAGGGCCCUCGCCCGCGCGUUCGGCGACCUCGGGGACCCGCAGCCCUGGGCGCGGAAGCUGGACGACCCGCUGCUGCAGGUCUCCGCCGCCCUGCUCAG